AUGACUUCCCGGCACGAGGAAAGCAAUUCAAUACCAGAAAGCGUCGAACUUUCCGGCCGCGGUCCCUCAGCUGAGCACCAAUCCGAUGAAUGUACGGCGUCAGCAUCCGAUUUCCACAGUCGAGCACAGAAUGCACUGCCUCCGACAGAUCAAGGACUCGGAGCGUGGAUAAGUCUAGCGGGAGCAUUUGCCAGCGGUGCACUCAUCUGGGGAUUCGCAUUCUCCUUUGGGGUCAUGCAAGAGUACUACACCAACAAUGAGCCUUUUGCGUCCAAACCMAAAGGUAUUGCCGCGAUUGGAACGACAUGCACAGGUCUGAUGUAUUUGACCAUGCCAAUCUUUCUUUCAGCAUUCCAGAGAUGGCCACGAGCGAGGAAUUAUUCAAUGUAUGCUAGCUUGCCCAUGGUGACUGCUUCACUGAUUGGUGCUUCGUUCGCGCAGAACGUACCCCAUCUCAUUGCUUGUCAGGGAAUCUUUUAUGCACUGGCUGGAAACGCAUUGGUCAUGCCGAAUAUCAACUUCAUCAACGAGUGGUUCGUGAGGAAGAGGGGUCUUGCUAUUGGUGUCACGAUUGCCGGGGAUGGAGUGGGCGGCAUUGUCAUGCCGUUGCUGUUGCAAGCGCUGCUUGGACGAUUGGGAUUCCGCUGGGCCCUCAGAAUCGUGGCGGCCAUCAUUCUCGUGCUCUCUGCACCUUUKGUACUCCUCGUCAAGCCUCGACUUCCAAUCUCCGCGACCCAUGUCUCUCCUCGGUUGGACGUUUCAUUCUUGAGCAAGCCAAUGUUCUGGACAUUUGAGCUCUUCAACACGAUCCAAGCACUCGGGUACUUCCUCCCAGUCAACUAUCUUCCAUCCAUUGCCGAAUCUUUUGGUCUGAGCGCCACUCUCGGCUCACUCACAGUCCUGAUGGUCAAUCUGGGCAUGGUUUUUGGUUGUAUAGGUGUUGGUUCUUUGGUCGACCGUUUUGAUGUGACAACGGUUAUGUUGUUCGUGGGCGCCAUCUCAGGCAUAACGGUGUUUUGCAUCCUUGGAUUUACGACAUACAUCGUACCAUUGUACAUCUUCAGCUUGAUGUAUGGCAUGAGUGCUGGUGCUUACUCCACCAAUUGGGGUGGCAUGAUCAAAGACAUUCAAAAGUGGAACGAGGGCGCCGAUGCCAAUUUGGUGUUUGGACUGCUUGCGGCCGGAAGAGGAUUUGGGUCCAUCAUCUCGGGUCCCCUGAGUGAGGCUUUACUUGCAGAUGGCAGGGUGUGGGGCGAUGCUGCUCCAUCUGCGUACUCUAGCGAGUAUGGUCCAAUCAUCAUCUUUUCGGGGUGUACUGCACUUGUCGGAGGCUUCAGCUGGUUUGUGAGAAAAGCUGGUUUGAUGUGA